UACUUUUAUUUCAACGCAAAAAUUUUGUCAUUUCAAUUCAAUUAUCGAUUUAUUUCAUGAGCUUUGCACGAAAUUUUGUUUGCCAAAAAAUAUUAUACAAUGAAUUGUGAUUAUUUUAUUUUCACUUUUAUAUAAUUAUGUAUUACAUAUGCUCCUAAGGAUGGUAGCUAAUAAUCAAACGAACUGAAGGUUAUGUUUGUGUUAGAUUUAUUUUUAUUCAAAGUUCCUUUUUAAUUAUGUAAAUUUGAAACCAGUUUUUAUUGAAUACUUUUGAUCGAUUCCCGUACACUUUUCCCAAUCCGUUUUUCCCAAUGGACAUUAUUCCCAAGACCAUUCUUCCCAAAAAAAAUCCCCCAAUCUAAAGUUCCCAAUCCAUUUUUCCCAAUUCUAUUAAAUUUGUGUUUUUCCCAAAGUCAUUUUUCCCAAAAAUGUUUUUUUUAUUUUUAUGGAAAUGGAUGCUUUCACAAAUUGUUUUUUAAAUUCUAUAGACAAUGGAACGAAACUUAUUUAAAAUGUAUGGUUGCUAGGCAACAAGAAUAAAGGGAAAGUUAAUAGUUUGACAUUUAGUUUGUUUGUAACCUUUCGAAGGAGCUAGGUUGUCAAAAUUUUUGGUUUUUAAAUUUGUCAAAUGUUGAAGUAUUCAAAAUUAUUAGUGAAUAUUUCUGAAAGUUCAUUGUGUAUUUAAUUUUCUCUUAAAUUCGAAAACAUCUGUUGUGGCUGUCUGGAAGCGUCAAAAUGUCACAACCGGAAAUUAUAAUUUCUUCUAGGGGUGGCAGAAAAUUGUUGUACAAUGGAUAUGUUUAUUAUAGACGGGACUCCAAGAAAGACAAAAUCUACUGGUAUUGUGUGAAAACUGACGAAUGCAAAGCCACUGCAAUAACAUUGAAUACGGGAAACAAUGUUGAGAUAGUAAAGGAAGGUUCUCAUGGACAUGCUCCCAAUCAAGAACAAGUUGAGGCUGAAAAGGUUAUAAGUAACUUGAAAAGAAUUGCUACUGAUCAUCCUGAAUCCACCCCUGCACAAAUUCUGCGAACUGAACUGCCAUCAGUAUCAAGUGGAGUAUUAAGUCAGUUACCAGAUCGAGAAAACUUAAAAAAACGCAUAAGGAGACAGCGUCGACAAGAUUUUCCACCUGAUCCGAAAUCUAUCGCAGAUCUACGUGACAUCCCAGAGCAGUUUAGAAAGACAAAGGUGGGUGAUACUUUCAUUAUUUAUGACUCUUUAGAUGACGAAGACGAAACUGAAAUCAGAGUCAUAAUUUUUGGAACCAGAAGGAACCUGGAAAUAUUAGCUAGAUCAACAGCUUGGUUUUUGGAUGGCACUUUUAAGACGUCGCCUAAUAUCUUCUUGCAAAUUUUCGUCGUAAUGGGCCUCAUUAGAAAAUCAUCUCCUGGAAAAGACGACGUCGAAAUUGCUGUUCCAUUAGUUUAUAGUUUGCUCCCGUCGAAAUAUCAGGUGUCCUAUGAAACUGUGGUAGGAGAAGUAAAAAAUGCUUGUCAACGAUAUGAAAUUGAUAUCAUUCCGCCACUGCGAGUACUUAUGGACUUCGAGGUUGCUGUGAAAAACGCCUUGCUAGCAGUGUUUACAAAUUGGAUUGUUCAAUACUGCUUCUUUCACUUAGGACAGUCUUUCUAUCGCCGGAUACAGAGUGAAGGUCUACAGGAACAGUACAACAACCCUAAUGACAGAUCACUCAAAGAAUAUGCACAUAUGAUACUUUCCUUAGCCUUUGUUCCGACUGCUGAUGUUGAGCAAGCUUUCGAAAAGAUCUUCGACGAUAUUCCAGAAGAACUAGUUCCUAUUGCGCGGUAUUUCGAAGAAAAUUAUAUUGUUGGAAGAAGAGCACGGGGAAGGCGGCGUGCAGUUCCUCCACGAUAUCCAGCAUCCUUAUGGAAUACGUACGAAGCUACGCUCCGCGAUCAACAUCGUACCAACAACAUUAGCGAGGGAUGGCACAACAAAUUUCAGCUCAUGGUUGGAAAAAAUCAUCAUUCAUUGUAUUAUCUGCUUAAAGAGUUUCUUAAGGAGCAAGCGGACACUGAAACGAUUUUAAGACAGUUGGAUUUGGGACAAGCGGUAAAAGCAGCACCGAAGAAAAAAUGGAUGCAAUCGAAGACAAGAAUGAGAAACAUUGUAUCACAAUAUGAGGAUUACAAAGAGAAGGACGAAAUUCUUCAGUACCUACGUCUCCUAGGACAUAAUAUCAGCCUCUGAAAAAAUUCUGUACGCUUCUUAAAACUUCAUUAAAUUCAAUUCAUUCACUAUAAAAAUUAUGCUUUGGGAAAAUUGCCUUGGGAAUAAUGGUUUGGGAAAAAAAGAUUGGGAAAAAAGGUUUGCUGGGAAAAAUGGAUUGGGAAAAGUGGUCGGCAACGCUUUUGAUCUAAUGAAGACUUGAACAUCAAUAAUUAUUAUUGAUGUUCAAGUCUUUAUUAGAUCAAAAGUAUUCAAUAAAAACUGGUUUCAAAUUUACAUAAUUAAAAAAAAAAAUCUUAAAAGAGCACUUUCAGCAUUGAUUUUAAAUGGUAAAAGUGACCUUUUAAGAUCCGGAGCCUCAAUUUGUAAUAGUGAUUGAUAUAUAUUUUGAAUCCAACAAUUAUAAACCUACAUUUUUUGUUUCUUAGGUACCUUUAUUAGUAGAUAUACACAUGUAUACCGAAAACAAUAUAUUUGAUUAAAAUAACGAAUUACUUAUCUAUUAUGAAAUAAAUAUUUAUG